AUGGCAGGGUCAGAGAGCCAGCUCAAGAAAAUGGUGUCCAAGUUCAAAUACAGAGACCCAACUGUACGUGGAACUGUCAGUGUUAUCACUUUAUACAAAGAUCUCAAACCUGUAUUGGAUUCGUAUGUUUUUAAUGAUGGCAGUUCCAGGGAGCUAAUGAACCUCACUGGUGCAAUUCCUGUGCCUUAUAGAGGUAUACAUAUAAAUAAUCCAAUAUGCCUCUGGCUGCUGGACACAUACCCAUAUAAUCCCCCUAUCUGUUUUGUUAAGCCUACUAGUUCAAUGACUAUUAAAACAGGAAAGCAUGUGGAUGCUAAUGGGAAGAUACAUCUUCCUUAUCUACAUGAAUGGAAACACUCACAGUCAGACUCGUUGGGGCUUAUUCAAGUCAUGAUUGUAGUGUUUGGAGAAGAACUUCCAAUCUUUUCUCGUCCUACUAUUUCAGCAUCCUAUCCACCAUACCAGGCAACAGGGCCACCAAAUAGUUCCUACGUGCCAGGCAUGCCAAGUGGAAUUUCUGCAUACCCAUCCGGAUACCCUCCCAACCCCAGUGGUUACCCAGGCUGUCCUUACCCACCUGGCGGCGAGUAUCCUGUCACAACAAGGUCCCAGUACCCUUCCCAGCCUCCUGUGACCACUGUUGGUCCCAGUAGGGAUGGUACAAUCAGCGAGGACACUAUCCGAGCCUCUCUCAUCUCAGCAGUCAGUGACAAACUGAGAUGGCGGAUGAAGGAAGAAAUGGAUCGUGCCCAGGCAGAGCUCAAUGCCUUGAAACGACCAGAAGAAGACCUGAAAAAAGGUCACCAGAAACUGGAAGAGAUGGUGAUCUGUUUAGAUCAAGAAGUAGCUGAGGUUGAUAAAAACAUGGAACUUUUGAGAAAGAAGAAUGAAGAACUCAGUUCUACUCUGGAGAAAAUGGAAAAUCGAUCUGAAAACAAUGAUACUGAUGAAGUUAUCAUUCCCACAGCCCCACUAUACAAACAGAUCCUAAAUCUGUAUGCAGAGGAAAAUGCUAUUGAAGACACUAUCUUUUACCUGGGAGAAGCCUUGAGGCGGGGAGUAAUAGACCUGGACGUCUUUCUGAAGCAUGUAUGUCUUCUGUCCUGUAAACUGUUCCAGCUGAGGGCAUUAAUGCAGGAAGCAAGAAAGACUGCCGGUCUCAGUGACCUCUACUGA